ACUAAUAACUGCGUCCAAGAUUCAGCCACAUCCCCUACUCUCUCUCUCCCUCCCUCGCUCCCCCUGCUGACAAAGGCACACUCUUGGAGGAAAAUGAAACCAGCUUCCGAACUCUCCUCGUCUUUUCUCCACCUGUUCUACCUCUUCUCUUUCCACCUAUUCAUGCAUACACUGUCCUAUUCAUACAAAUACACGUACAUUAUGCAAACCUGUUGAUUUCACAUUUCGUACAAUUAUCCAACUCAAUUUAUGAACUUUCAUGGCUACUCUCUUUUCGCUUUUUGUUUACUCUUCCACUUUCCUUUUCCUCAAAAGCCCAAUUCUUAAAGCAUUUUGUUCACCCUCAGAUUUUUCUAUUAUAGACUAUGAUGAUGAAUCAAAACCAUUUCGGGGGGAUUACUCGCUGCCGUCUCCCCCUUCUCCUUCUCCGCCGAUGCGCUCUCCUUCCUUAUCCUGCGAGGAUCUUAAAGGCAUCGGCUCCCUUAAUACCACCUGUGAGCUCAGCUACAGCUUGAAUAUUACACAAGACGUUUAUAUUGAAGGUAAUGGGAAUUUGUUCAUUCUUCAGGGGAUAUCUUUGAUCUGCCCGGAAUUGGGCUGUUCAAUUGAGAUCAACAUCACCGGUGAAUUUAGGUUGAACCCAUUUGCGAAAAUUGUAGCUGGGUCGGUCUAUAUAGUAGCUGGGAAUGCGAGUUUAUUCGGGGAUUCACUCAUUAACGUGACGGCAUUAGCGGGGGAGCCUCCGGAGGACUCCACUGGAACACCUAGGGAGGUGCAGGGUGGAGGCGGGGGACAUGGGGGCCGGGGUGCAAGCUGCGUAAUGGAUAGUAAGAUGUUGCCUGAGGACGUGUGGGGUGGGGAUACGUAUUCUUGGGAAUCCCUGGGGGCACCAAGGAGUUAUGGGAGUAAAGGUGGAACCACAAAUAGGGAGGAGAAUUAUGGUGGCAAAGGGGGUGGGAGAAUUUGGUUGGAGGUAAAAGAUAUUGCAAAUGUAUGUGGAUUGCUGUUGGCCAAUGGAGGGUCUGGUGGGAUCAAAGGCGGAGGAGGUUCUGGUGGCAGUAUUUACAUCAAGUCACCAAAAAUGACUGGAAGUGGCAGGAUAAGUGCUAUUGGAGGUAAUGGAUUUGCUGGAGGUGGUGGUGGAAGAGUUUCUGUAAAUGCUUUUAGCAGGCAUGAUGAUCCUGUAUUUUUGGUCCAUGGAGGAAGAAGUUUUGGCUGCCCUGCUAAUUCAGGUGCUGCUGGGACAUUCUUUGAUGCUGUCCCUCGAAGACUUAUCAUCGACAAUUAUAACAUGUCAACAGAUACUGAUACACUUCUGCUGCAAUUUCCAAACCAACCACUUUGGACAAAUGUUUAUAUUCGCAAUGGUGCUCGAGCAAAUUUUCCUUUGCUCUGGAGUCGAGUUCAGGUUCGAGGACAACUUAGUCUAUCAUGGGGUGCAUUUCUGAGCUUUGGGCUCAUACAUUAUGCUUUGUCAGAGUUUGAGUUGAUGGCUGAAGAACUUCUGAUGAGUGAUUCAGUAAUCAAGGUCUAUGGUGCUUUGAGAAUGUCUGUGAAAAUCCAUUUGAUGUUGAAUUCCAAAAUGCUUAUAUGUGGUGAUAGCGAUGAAAUUGUCGCUACAUCUUUGAUUGAAGCCAGCAAUUUAGUAGUUCUUAAAGGGUCGUCCAUGAUACACUCAACGGCAAAUUUGGGACUUCAUGGACAAGGAUCCUUGAACUUGUCAGGACCAGGAGAUCUUAUUGAAGCUCAGCGUUUGGUUUUAUCUUUAUUUUAUGCUAUCAGAGUUGGGCCUGAAUCCGUUCUAAGAGGUCCCUUGGAAAAUUCGAGUGACAAUUACAUGUCUUCAAAGCUCUACUGUGAACAGAAGGAUUGUCCUAUUGAAUUGCUUCAUCCCCCCGAGGAUUGCAAUGUGAAUGCUUCAUUGUCCUUCACUCUUCAGAUUUGUCGAGUUGAAGAUAUUAUAGUUGAAGGCUUCUUAGAAGGAUCCAUUAUACAUUUUCACUGGGUGAGAACUGUGGUGGUGAAAUCUUCUGGAGCAAUAAGUGCAUCUGGACUGGGCUGCACUGGUGGGUUAGGACGUGGAGAAUAUCUGCCUCAUGGUGUUGGCAGUGGUGCUGGACAUGGUGGUAAAGGUGGGGAUGCAUACAAUGAUGGAAGUUAUAUCAAGGGUGGUGUUACGUAUGGUAAUGCUGAGUUGCCUUGUGAACUUGGUAGUGGAAGUGGAAAUGAGAGUCUGCCAAGUGCUGCUGCUGGUGGAGGUAUUAUUGUGAUGGGCUCACUGGAUCACUCAUUGUCAAAAUUGAUAUUGUAUGGUACACUUAGAGCUGAUGGAGAGAAUCCUGGAAAAUAUGUUCAAGGGCAGGAUGAUGGAGUAGCUUCAGAAAUUGGUUCUGGGGGUGGAUCUGGCGGAACCGUUCUUCUGUUCGUCCAUAAUUUGGUACUUGGUGAUACCGGUACCAUCUCAACUUCUGGAGGACACGGCAGCCAUAAUAGUGGUGGUGGAGGUGGUGGAAGAGUUCAUUUCCAUUGGUCAGAUAUUUUUAUUGGGGAAGAAUACCUGCCUGUGGCUCUUGUCAAAGGAACCAUCAAUCUCAGAGGAGGUGUUGGUCGAGGACUGGGGCAAGAUGGAGAAAAUGGAACUGUUAGUGGAAAAGCCUGUCCGAAAGGGCUUUAUGGGAUAUUUUGUCGGGAAUGCCCCCUUGGGACUUAUAAAAAUUUGACCGGAUCUGACAGAGCCCUUUGUCGUGAUUGCCCAUCUCAUCAGCUUCCCCAUCGUGCGAUAUAUAUUGCUGUUCGGGGAGGUGUUACAGAUUCCCCUUGCCCAUACAACUGUGUAUCUGAGCGAUAUCAUAUGCCUCACUGUUAUACAGCCAUUGAAGAAUUAAUGUACACCUUUGGAGGGCCAUGGUUAUUUGGUUUGACACUUGCAAGUCUCCUCAUCAUCUUAGCACUUGUUCUAAGUGUUGCUAGGAUGAAAUUUGUUGGCUCAGAUGAAUUACCAGGUCUAGUGCGGGCCCGCUGUUGCUCUCCAAUUGAUCGCUCAUUUCCUUUUCUGGAGUCACUUAAUGAGGUGUUGGAAACAAGUAGAGUUGAGGAAUCCCAAACCCAUGUCCAUCGCAUGUACUUUAUGGGGGCAAACACUUUCAGUGAACCUUGGCAUCUCCCUCAUUCUCCUCCUAAAGAAAUAAAAGAAAUUGUAUAUGAAGAUGCUUUCAACAGAUUUGUUGAUGAGAUAAAUGCUUUAGCUUCUUAUCAGUGGUGGGAAGGAUCAGUUUACAGCAUCCUUUGUGUUAUUACAUAUCCACUUGCAUGGUCAUGGCGGCAGUGGUGCCGGAAGAAGAAAAUGCAGCACCUGCGUGAAUAUGUUCGAUCAGAAUAUGAUCAUGCUUGCUUGCGUUCUUGCCGUUCACGUGCUCUCUAUGAAGGCCUGAAGGUGACUUCAACUUCUGAUUUAAUGCUUGCCUAUGUGGAUUUUUUCCUUGGUGGAGAUGAAAAAAGGGAUGACCUUCCACCUCCCCUUCCUCAAAGGUUCCCGAUGUAUAUAGUUUUUGGAGGAGAUGGAUCUUACAUGACACCUUUCUCUCUUCACAGUGAUAACAUUCUAACUAACCUCAUGAGUCAGUCAGUCCCCCCAACAAUUUGGUACCGAUUUGUAGCUGGUCUAAAUGCACAACUUCGUUUAGUCCGACGUGGGCAUCUAAAGGCAACGUUUCAUCCGGUUAUCUGCUGGCUUGAGACACAUGCAAAUAGAACAUUAAGUACUCACGGUGUACAUGUAGAGCUAAUUUGUUUUCAGCCAUCAGCAAGUGGAUAUCGUCAAUUUGGACUACUUGUGUGUGCCAUAGAAGAUGAAAGCACACAUUCAUCAAUUCAAGGAUUGGAUAAAUCUUUGUUACUAGAGCAGCACUCACAAUUGCCUGGUAACCGCUGGAAGAAAGCACUAAAUCUUGUAAGAGUCAGUGAACAAAUUACCAUGCAAAAAAAGAUAUCUGGAGAAAUUUUACAUGCCAAGAACCUUCAAAAACUUGAAGAGAAGAUACACAUAGAUUAUCCUUUCUAUUACAUAAUUUGCAACACUAGACCUGUUUGCCAUCAGGAUCUUGUUGGUUUGGUCAUCUCAAUACUCCUUUUAGCAGAUUUUAGCUUGGUCUUGCUUACUUUACUUCAGCUUUACUCCAUAUCACUGCUGGACGUCUUUUUGGUUUUGUCUGUUCUUCCUCUUGGGAUACUUCUGCCGUUUCCUGCUGGGAUCAAUGCAUUAUUUAGUCAUGGACCCAGGCGGUCAGCUGGCCUUGCACGUAUAUAUGCUUUAUGGAAUAUAAAUUCUGUGAUAAAUGUCCAAGUACUGAGGAACAGGUCUAUGGUGCAGGUGGUUGCCUUCGUAUGUGGAAUAGUUCAUUUCAAGACUCAAUCCUCGUCAAACAAAAAACAUCCCAACUUUCAGUCCUGGAAUUUUAUCAUGGAUGAAAGUGGUUGGUGGAUGCUACCUUUUGGACUGGUCUUUUGUAAAAGUUUCCAAGCUCAACUAAUCAAUUGUCACGUGGCUAACCUAGAGAUUCAAGACCCCACAUUGUACAGCAAUGACCCAAAUGUGUUCUGGCAGUCGUGAAGGAAACUUCUGAGCCAAGUAAAAGAUAUAACUUAAUUUUUCCUUUUCUUUUUCGUCGUCUCUUCAUCUACCCUAUAGAAAUAUCAUGUCCAGGGAAUUCAUUUAAGGCUACAAAGAGUGGUUAUUUCUCCAACUAGAUAUGCCUUGUGAAACAGACAUACUUUUUGUGACGCCAUUUUGUGCAGCAAUCUCUUUUUAUGAGACACCAUUUUUUUUUCUGUAAAGCACUGAAUCUAAAAAUAUUUUUGCAUUUGAACUCGUAUAAAUCCUAUACUCCCUGACUGCUGUUCUCGAA